AUGGAAUUGCAGCUGAUAAGGAGAAGGUUUCGAGCUAUAUCAGACUUCCCGAAGCCAGCAAAUCUGACAGAUUUAAGGUCAUUCAUUGGCCUUACUAACCAGUUGACAGAUUUUUCACCCAAUCUUGCAGCUGCAGCAGAUCCACUUCGACCACUAAUGAGCCCCAAGAGAUCCUUUACGAUAUGCCCUUCUGCAAGACACGGGGAAGGCCAUUUCCGCUUGGUCCAGUGUGGUUCACGAUUUUUGGCUGAUGCAGAAACUAGAUGGGCCACCAUUGAGUUGGAAUGUUUAGCUUCAGUUUGGGCUAUGACUAAAUGUCGUCAUUUCUUACUUGGAUUACCCCAUUUCACAUUGGUGACUGACCAUAGACCCCUGCCUCCAACGUCUGAGGAUGAUAUGCUAAAUAGUGAAACCCAUCUUUCCCUAAGGAGUGUAAUAGCCAAGACCGUCAACGCAAUUUCAGAGGUGAAGACAUCAACUACACAAGAUCUUACCUUGGAAGAAAUUCGCACCGCAGCACGUGAGGACCCCUCAUACACAAGACUCCUCCAGAACGUUGCCAAUGGAUUCCCCAGUCAUCGCUACGACCUCCACAAUGACAUACUACCCUAUUGGAAAAUAAGGGAGGAAUUAUACACCGAUGAUGACCUUGUAUUGUACGGAGCCCGAAUAGUGGUUCCCUCAGCUAUGCGACGCAAUAUUUUAACACGCCUUCAUGACAGCCAUCGUGGUGUGGAGGCAACUAAGCGUCGGGCUAAACAGACUGUAUAUUGGCCAGUAUUAAUUCAGAUAUAG